AUGGCUAGGAACCGUUCCACUUCCGAGGGUGCCGAGACAUGGAAAUUCUAUCGUCCGGGUCUGGAAGAGCAGGAUGCUGACGCAUGCGUCAUGUCAACCACGGAUCCGAACGGAGGCUGGGAAAACCGUGAUGAAACUGGUACCUAUUGGUAUGCCGCUCUCUUGAACGUGUUUCCCGAUACGGUUAUCUCCCAUCACCGUCGGACCCCAGUAGAUGCAGAACAUCCCCAAAUUCUGAGCACAAUCAUCAGUCGCGCCGAUGAUAUUCCUGAUGUCACCUUUUGCCUCCGUCAAUAUCAAAGUACAAAGCACGACGGUACACCGGAGGACUUGAAGCGUUGUUACAGGGACUUUGAAAGCCGACUCUACCAAUUCUAUCUAGACAACCUUGAUCAAACGGAAAUGGGUGUUCAUGGGGCCUUUGUCGUCGGCCAUACAAUUUGGUUCCUUGACUAUGUUGACCAUGAUCAUUGCGGGCAUUAUCACGUGGGUGGUAAGUGUGCUUUGCAUCUACCUGAAGACCAGGAGUUGAUCAAGCACAAUUUCAACCAAAUCAAGCAACGUAUACGUCUGGAGAAGCAACGACAGAGAGUUGAAGUGAUUGUGCAGGGGGGGAAUCUGCCACCACCCGAUCCUGAUGACUGGCUCUUGCGUCGUGGUCCUGCUCACUUCGAUGCAUAA